ACUUGGGGACCUUCUCUGCAAACUGAAAAGAAGAUAAUAACCCUAGGCUGGCUUGGCUACCUGAGCAGAGUCGAGAAUUGGUCGCGGAACACUGUCGAAGCGCCGACCAAACUCUACUGCAGGGACGACAUUCGAGUUGAGGGAGCUGCUCUGCUUCGGAAAGUCGAUUUGCGCGAGGCCUGUUUACGCUGCGGAGUUUAUUUUCUGCUCUGAUGUCAAGCGCAUGGACAAAUAUGAGCUUUGCAAUCAUACAUAGGGAUGUAAAUUGGGAGUGGGAGAUAUCAGGGUGGAAUCUUUGGUAUUUAUAUAUAAUUGGAAGUCUUGCUCACUCUCUGAAGAGCUAUUCAUCUGGCAAAAAUUUUAGAGAGGAUGAGGAGAUCAUAUUUUAAUUCAAAUAUAAAAUAGCUCUGGAGUAUCAUGGAGCAUAUGAGCAAUGGAGCUUGUGGAGCACGGCUCACCUCAAGGAUUGCUCUCUUGGUUUGCUUUAUAAGUUUUAUUCUUCUCUGAUUUUUUCUGUCAAAUCACCCGAUGGUACUAAAAGAUGUAUAGGAUACUCUCAAACUGGCAUUGUUUCACUAUUUUGGGUUGGUUCCCAUUCAUGAAUCAAUCUCUAUGUGCAGUGUUUGCUAUUGAUUUCUGAUUCAAGUACCAAAAAUGAGUGGCCGUUUCUCCCGCACAAUUUAUGUUGGUAACCUUCCUGCUGAUAUUAGAGAGCCUGAAAUUGAAGAUUUGUUUUACAAGUAUGGUCGCAUAUUGGAUAUUGAACUGAAGAUUCCACCACGACCACCUUGUUAUUGUUUUGUGGAGUUUGGAAGUUCUAGGGAUGCAGAAGAUGCUAUCAGGGGUAGAGAUGGCUAUAACUUUGAUGGUUGUAGAUUGAGGGUUGAGCUUGCACAUGGUGGAAGAGGUCCGUCAUCCUCAAGUGAUCGCCGUGGUGGUUAUGGCAGUGGUGGCGGUGGAGGGAGUGGGGGUGGCGGCGGCGGCGGCGGCAGUGGCGGUCGAUAUGGUGUUUCUCGCCAUUCAGAAUAUCGAGUUAUCGUCCGUGGCCUUCCUUCUUCUGCAUCUUGGCAAGAUCUGAAGGAUCACAUGAGAAGAGCCGGGGAUGUCUGUUUUGCUGAAGUUUCUCGUGACAGUGAAGGAACAUAUGGGCUUGUUGAUUAUACCAAUUAUGAAGACAUGAAAUAUGCUAUCCGCAAACUUGAUGAUAGUGAAUUCAGGAAUCCUUGGACUAGGACCUAUAUCCGGGUGAAGGAAUACAAGGGCAGUCCUUCAAGAAGCCGAAGUAGAAGUCGCAGUAGAAGUAGAAGCCCCCGUAGGAGAAGCAAAUCAGAAGACAGGUCUCGUUCAAGAUCACCAUCACCGUCAGCAUCUCCUGUGAAACCUUCCAGACCUAAGUCGAGGUCCCGAUCAAAGUCAAGAUCAAGAUCCAAGUCGAAAUCAAGGUCGCCAUCCCCACACAAGGCAAGAUCUGGUAGUGCCACCUGAACCUGAUGGUCCUUGUUCUUGUCCAAGAAGAGCCUCUCUUUAUCAUCCUAUGUUUGUCGGUGCUUCUGCAGACUAGACUAGACUAGACUGUGAUUCUACUGCAUUAAUAAUUGAAUACUUACAGAAGCUUAUCAUUGAGGCAUUAUGAAGAUUUCACUAGACCAGGCCAGAACAAUCAUGUUUUUUUCUUUUUUUAAUGUUUUCUUGCUGUUUCUGGAGAUUUGUUUGAGCAUACUGCUUACUUUAUCGGACGUGGUAUUGAUGACUGCUGAUGUCUUACUACUA